GUUUACGGGUCAUGUUUUCGGUAGAAAGUUGGAUCACAGUGGUGUUGAAGAGCUAUCGAAAUAUUCAUAAGCUGAAAAUUAAGCUAUAGAUGAAAAUAUAACAGUCAAUGAAGUGAUAAAGUGAAUAGAAGUGAAACAUUCAAUAUGGAUGAUUGUAACUUUGAUGAUGUGGAUACCAAGUCGGUUUCCAAUUUAACUGCUGAUGAUGUGGCAAAUAUAGACACAUCGCAAAUCCCCUUCCCCAAUACCUUAUGGCACGUGAAACCAGCCCAAGAAAUAGCCUUGAAGACAACAGCGAUGUUAGUAAUUGGCAUUGCAGGGAUCUUCCUAAAUUCAAUAAUAUUGAUCAUUCUUAUCAGGAAUAAAUGGCUCUGGUCUGCCAGUAAUUGCUUGAUUGGAAACUUGGCGCUGACGGAUUUGAUGACAUUGGUCAUCUGUCCUUGGUUCAUGCUUGUUAGGGAUUUCUAUCAGAACUAUGUUUUGAAGAACUUUGGUUGCCGAUUUGAAGGGUUCCUCCAGGCCUCUUUCCUUCUAUCAAGCGUAUGUGCCAUCCUGCUAGUGUCUUACGACCGAAUGGCAGCUGCUGCUCUUACUGCAGAAGCGAGAAUCACAAUCAAAGCUGCUCCCAGGCUGAUUAUAGCAUCGUGGAUUUGUUCUUGUGCUUUAUCCUUGCCAUGGACAAUAAAGAGGUAUUAUAUGGAACGACAAUGGCUGGAUUACUUGGAAAGUUUCUGCGUGGAAGAUGUUGCAGUUCUUGGCAUAUACUGGCAUUUCAUAUUGAUGCUUUUGGUCUGGGUUCCCCUUGGUCUAAUGCUUAUAACUUAUGGAACAAUAAUGUGGCGUCUAGAAUGCAGUGUUCGGGAGUUAUCGGCUAGAGGAGGCGGUCGAUCCAUCGCCAGGGCUAGAAGUCGGGCCUUGAGGAUUACGGCUUGUGUGCUCCUUGCUGGUGUGGCCUGCAGAGUACCAUACACUGCCUUGAUUUACUGGAGAAAUAACUUGGAGCCACUGAUUAAUGCGGUCGAAGGAAGUUACGAAAUAAUGUGGUUUUCCGCAAACUUCCUCAUGUACAUGAAUUGUGCUGUCAAUCCUCUUAUCUACGGGUUUACCAAUGCGAGGUUCAGGAAAGCUAUGGACAGGACUCCUGGUAUCGCCUGCUUUAAGUUCGGAAUGUGGUGUUGUAUCUGUACUAUGUUAAACAAGAAACGAGUGCAAAUUGAAGACAAGAAUACAGAGAAGGUUUUCGUGAUCGGUAACUCGCCUAAACCUGAGAAAAAACUAUCUCGAGCGAUAAAGAACAUACUGCACAUCAAGAAAGAUUGUCUGGAUUUCAGUAUAAAGGCUGAUGAAGUGACUACUAAGCCUACUAAAGUAACGCCUGUUAAGACGGAACCAGUCUAAAAAAGCCAGAUAGAAAUAUACAAUGGAGACAAUCACACACUUAAGACGUAUUUUCUAAAAAUAUUUGAUUUGGUAGAAAGUACACAUUUCCACAUGAAAGAUGACAAUAAUUGAAGAAAAAGUAAGAAACAAGGUUCACAUAAAUGAAAAUUGUACUCAGCUUGCAUCAUUGAUACUUUAUACAGGGUGGCCCAUCGAUAGGCGUCCAAAAGAAAAAUUUAGAAACUCUAUGCUAUGGGGUAUCCGAAUCCCAUGUAUGUUCAGCGAUUUUUUGUACUUUAGGAGCUAAAAUUAUU